UGGGGCUCUGUAGGCCGGCUAUUGAAUUGGUCACUCGGUUACUCGGUCGUAAAUUUUAAUCGGUCGAUUAAUUCGCCUAAUCGCGAUAUCGAUCGCGAUACUUGCUUCGUUUCUUUUUUUUUUUUAAAGAAGAGAAAAAAAAAAGAAAAAAAAAAGGAAAAGGCUCUUAAUCGUCAAAUUUUUAACGGUGAUCGUACUCGAACAGACGACCUGUUCGUCGUUUGGUUUCUUUUUUUUUUUUUUUCUCUCUCUUUCCGUUAGUUCGCGUGGGUUUGACGAAGAGACAGUGAUUAGUUUUAUUUAUAGCGUCGCUCGUGCUUUUAAAAAAAUAACACAGAUAAGAUAACUAGAGAAAAAACGUUUCGACGCUUCUUAAAGGAAAAAGAAGUUCUCAGUGUUGCAGGUUUGACGGUAUAAUUAAUCUGCAGUGAAAAAUAACGACUUGUAUAUUUUUUAUAUAUAUAUAUAUAACUUAAUUAAUAGCGUCAAAAGUGCAGACGUCUUAAAAAAAAAAAAGAAAAAAAAAAGUGAUUCAAGUGGUGAUUCAACUUUGUGGUUCACGAUUAUAUUCUUUUGGUUAUAUGCUGUAUUGUAACGAAAAAUUAACGGAGGAUCCUGUGUCUGAUAAACCACGUGGUCCAUUAUAGAUCAAUUCGGCUCGAUCACAUCGCGGACGAAUGAGCUGCUCGUGAUUUACCGGAUCCGCAGACGAGUGUGAAGAACGAUGACAAUAGGAAGAAUGAAGCAACGGGUGGCCGUGGCUCUGGCCGCUGUUUGGUUAGCUUCGAUUGUCGGGGCGUCGGUUCCUUCGGGAGAAACAACCACCUUUUCCAACCCCCGCUCUUCUGGCCCCUCGCCCGAUCAAUACACCCCGUCACACCGUAACCCCCGCAGCUACCUAGAGGACGAGGAAUACCGCCAGGACUGGAUGAACGAUGAACCGCCAAGGAUAAGAGUCCCGGAUCGCGGGGAGAAAUUUACCCCCGUCAAAGAUUUACGGAGGCCAGGAGGAUCGUCGCCCGAAUCGGACGGCAGAUACGGAAUCAUGGAGCGAAGAUUAUUCGAAAUCUUUGGAAACUCCGAGGAACGGAAUCCAUCCAAAUUGGAAGACAUCGAAAAAGACGAUGAAUUGGACAACGCGGAAGCGAUGCGACUGUCGAGUAUCAAGGUGGCGUUUGACGAGCCGAUAGUUUCGGACGAAUCGGAGGAAGAUUGGGAAGGCGAAGAGCUGGAAGACGAGACCAUGCAUCGGGAUGAUUUCCUGGCCGACGAUCCGUUCGAGGAUGAGGGUCCAGGUUCGGUUGAGGUGUACAAGCUGGACUUGUCCAGAGAGAGGCCAUCGCUUGGCGUCCAGACACAACCGCGAAAGACGAACGUGAGGUACAAGAGUAAAGUGCCAAAAAAGGUUGGAGCUUAUGACCAGAUGAUUUUUAAAACGAAAUCCAGCGAAGCGUCGGAGUCGAAGAGCACAAACCACGUUUCAAAAUCGGCAAAACUUGACGAGUUUUCGGCAUCGUCGAGGUCAUUGAAGGACAGAAUCUUCGGGGUUGGAGGCGUUCCGGAGCUCCAAGUUGGCUGCGAGGGUACCGAAGUAUCUCAACGACAGAAGAGGUCGGAUAUCGAGGAUACGAAUAAGCCGGUAAUGCCCACUGUUCCGCUGUUAAUCGAACCGGACUAUGACUCCGACGAGUACCUGGACCUGACAAACGACGCCGGAAAAGUUGCGUACCUUCAAAAACUAGCCACGAGCGGAUAUUCGGGACGAGGUGACAUGGACCCAAGGAUUAAAUCUCCGGGAGAAUUGGAGGCUAAGAGGUUACUGAGAAAAGACAAUUUUCCAACGCGCGGUGACUUGGGAACAUCGGCGAAUCCGAACGUUACGGAGAUGCUGGGAUCGAGGACGUAUCCACACCGGCGUCAGGUGUCAUUUGUGGAGGAAGAAAAGUUUGAAACGAAGACGAGAAGCAAGCGAAGUGAGCCCUGGGGUUACAGUGAGGAGGAAAAACCUUUGGGAUAUAAGAAAAAACACCGUCAUAACAAGCAGUGGUGCAAACGUAACAAAAACGAUCCAAGAUGCAAAUGGGGAAGGAAUAAGGGAAAAAUAGUAGGCAGGAUCAUCCGCAAAAACGGCAAGCCCAACGAUAAGACACCAAGAAAAUUUCGAGGGAAAAAUGGCAAUUUAUUGCGGAAACUGGAUAUGAAAGGACGACGAAGAACGUUCGAAAACAUCACGGAUCGCAGGAGGCAACAUUCCUUGCAGCUACAGCAUGAUCAACCCGAUGAGUCGCCAAAGGAUGACGUGAAUCAAAAAUAUCUGGAAAAGUUCAUAAAACAAAUGACUCCCAAAGUACGGCCCGAUAUCAACAACCUGUCGAAUGGAGAAGGCAAGGAUAACAGCCCGCGUGAGAUACGCUUGCCUGACAAGACCAUCGGGAAGUUAGAACCAGGCAAAGGCAAACCAGUUCCCGUGGAAACAGAUCUGGUGAGACUAUCAUACUGGAAGACACUGCCAACGAAAGCCGUUAUCAAGAUUUUCGAUGAAAAGAAAAGUGUAAAUCGAACGGAAACUCCACCAGUUAUAGCCAACCGGUACAAUCCAAAGGACUUCAGGGGUUUAGAGCCGGCAGAGAGUGGCCCAUCAGUUCCAGGCUUUCCGGUACCAAAUCAAAGUUCUGACCUAAUACCAGGGCCACCCGGUUGCGCACUGGCGAUAACAAAUUGCUGCGGCAAGAAACGAUUGACUAAUUGUUUAGAGGGCUACGACUGUAUCGGCGCUCAUUGGGACUAUGAAUUAUGUAGCGCCGAAAGAAAAUCGGCUGCAUUGGCCGAGAUUAAUACUUACUACCAGAAUCUGAAGUCUUAGCCAACUGCGUAGAAUCAAACUUCGAUUCUAAUUUCAUAUUUUCAAAAUUUUCCCGCCGUUUUCUGGUACAGUAAAUGUAUAUUAAAUAUUUUCAUCGCUCGUGAGAUCUGAAUAUAAUCGAUAUCGAAAUGAAGUUUCACGGUGAAAAAAAAUUUUAGAAUUAGGUGGACAACUUACAGCGGCACCGAUUGUGAUAAGCAAAAUUACAAUUAACAGUCUCUUCUCGGAUAUGAAUCGUCACGAUAUUUCAAUAUCCGUAUAAGAUAAAAGAGUUGAAGCAAAAAAAAAAUUAUUACUAAAUAAACGUAUUCAUAAAUUACAAAUUUUUAUUUAUUUUUUUUUCUUCAUCAUAUAUAAAUUAAUCUUUGCAACGUUUGAAUUUUGUACGCAAUAGUUUCUCUUGCAUUGAAACGAAAAAUAGAACAAUCUUCUUUAAAUCAGAGUUUCAAGUUUUUCAACUACCGGUAACUUACCCUUAAUAAUAUUAACCUUAAGAAAUAUAAACAAUCUGAUCGUAUUACGCAAAUUUUGGUAAGUCCAUCCUGUCGAAAAAAAGAGAGAAAAAAAAAGAUAAGAAUCUAAACUAACGAUUGGAAAUGAUCGAGCUCGUACCAUGACUUUUUUUUCCAACUUCC